CACAUCAAUUAAUUUAUCCUUGCCAGCUAAUGAUCUGCACCGAAGGCGGGCGCACUGCAUAAGAACAACUAGCUAUUUCACAUUUCACAUGGUUUACAGGGCCCAGUAAUUACUUACUGGUUAGCUCAAACGAGGCGUAAGGCGUAAUGCUUGCAGAUCAGUUUCCUGUAAUUAAUUUAUUUAUGACACAUCAUUAAUUCCAUUUUAGGAAUUCCUACAUCCUAUUUCUCUAUCCGUAUUAUUGAAAUUGAAAUUGAAAUUUGGUAUGGGGCACUCCCGAAAAAUAAAUAUUGCAAAACUGUGUGCGACCCGACCACUCCAUCUCUCUUAUCUACCAGCACUAAAACAGUACUACUAAUAAUAGUGCUUAUAGUAUACUUAUAAUAAUAGUAGUAAAGUAGUAAUAAUAAUAUUAAUAAUAAUAUAAUAAUUAUAGUAAGAUCCAUACCGCCAUGUUUUCAUCUAAACGACCCAAAUUCGCAUUUGAAUUAACCAUCAAUGAGUUAUCGAAUAUCCCUCAGAUAAAUGGGUCAUGCUUCUUAGAGUUAUCUAUUAGAGAUACGAAGAGGACUAAUAACAAAUUGGUGGAGAAGUUACCCGGUCAUCGUCAUCAUCAUAUUCAACAACUUAAACGUACAGAAUCUCGAUCUAAGGCCAAUUCGACAAGUAGCACUGCUGGAGCAUCCACUACCACUAUCAAUAGCAAUAGCAAUAGUAAUGCUACUGGUACUGGUACUGGUACUGGCAGUGGUACCACCACUACUAGUAAUUCAUCUUCAAUAUCAUUAGCCAAACCAACGGCAAAGAAUAGUGCAUCGGCAUCUUCAAAUCAUAUAUCAGCUACAACAUCUCCUAAACGAAUUCAUAACUUCAAAUGUGUAUUUAACUAUAAAUUAUCUUGUAAUUUAAAAUUCCCCUUAAAGAAGAAUGAGAAUUUAAUUGGUAAUAAAUAUCUAUUAUUAAGAAUUUAUUAUGUAACAGAAAAGUCUCAUAGUCAUAAAGAUGAAUCAAAUGAUAAUUCUCAUAAUAAUCAUGAAACUAUACUUGAUUUAGGUAAAGUCGAUAUAAAUCUUUCUGAAUAUUUGAACUUUAAUGAUACAGCAAUUACUUCAAAAUAUUUACUUAAAGAAUCAAAAGUUAAUUCAAUUUUAAGUUUAACAAUUUCAUUAACAGAAUUACCUACUGAUUAUGAUUUUCAUACUCAAUUACAAAUAAAUGAUGGUUCAGCUGUGAAGGGUUCUACUAUCACAAACAAAACUACUAAUAUUAAGAAUGAUAAACCAAGUAAAACAUCGACUGCUACUUCUACAUCCAAUAAUGGUACCACCAUAUCUAAUUCCGGAUUCAUAGUUCCUCAAUUUGAAAGAAAGAAUGUCUUUGGAGGUAUCAAUAAUGUAUUCUAUAAUGAUCGUAGUUCACCUACUGGUUCUCAUAGUAAUUUAUCUUCAACUAAUAUAUCUUCUGAAGACGAAAGUCCAACAACAUCAGCUCAUUCACAUACUUCAAAUCCACAUUCAUCAAAUUCUGGUACAUUCCUCAAACAUAAAUUAAAAAGGAAUAAUAGUUCUAAAAAAUCAGGUAAUUCAGCUUCAAAUUCAAAUGGCAAUCUUAAUAAUUCUUCUGGUACAAAUGCAGUAUCUUCUAUGAGUCAUUCAAACCAAUCAUCUUCUAAAAGUAAUAAUGAUGCUCUUAAUCAAAAGUCAUCUAUAAUAAUGGAUCCUCUCAUUAAUGGAUUAUAUUCGAAAAUUCUUGAAAAUACAUGGGAUCCAGAAUUAUCGAAUUUAUUAGAUUAUGGUCCUGAAAAGUGUGUAAAUGAUAUAUUUGAUGAUCCAGCAAAUCCAUUAGGUAAUAAUCCUAAAUUAAUUGAAAAGGCAAAGCAUAUAAAUGAUGAAUUCGAUGAUGAAUUCGAUGAAUCGGGGUUUAGAGAAUUGAAUGGUUUAAUUAAUGAAAUAAAGUUUAGGGACGAUCUAAAAAGUUGGAAUAUUAAAGUAGAGAGCUAAAUAAUUAUAUACUAUUUUUAAUUUAAGGAAAAGCUUCUAAUUUUAUAACCUAAUUUACUUAAGGGAUUAAGAAUGUAACUUCGAUUAUAGAUACUCUUUGAUGUUAUUGUAAUAGUAUCAUCAUUAUCAUUAUCUGUUUCUGUUUCUCUUUCUGUUUCUGUUUCAGUUUCUUUCUCUAUUUCUGUUUCAUUUUCAUUAUUACUGAUAUUGAUACUACUAUUAUUAAUAUCAUCAUUGCUCUUAACAUAGUAAUUAUAAAAUCCACUUAAAGUCCGUAAUCUUUUAUUGUAUCCUCUAUUAUCAUUAUCAUCAUUAUUAUCAUG